GUCCACAGCAGUCAGAGAGCAGAUCUGCAGUGGUUUUUGUUCUUCCUGUUCUCUUUUGCUGUGCUACGUUGACAUCAGAUCACAGAACACGGAAGCUCCAUAUCCUUUGAGCAUUCGCCUGUCUCAAAAAGGCUUAUUAAAGGUGCUGUGGACACUGUGAGCAGAGCAGGGGCCCUAGUGUGGAGUCCCAGGAUCUGGGUAUCCAUAUCAUACAGGAGAGAUGAGCAAAGGAAAAACCAAGGGCCAGGAGAAUGUGCUCAGUUCUCUCCUCGGUAGCCAGGAGAAUGAACGCCUGAUAGAUUUGGUGGGAAGAAGAUGUGUGACCAUGGCCACGGCAGUAGUUCAGUUGUGCAUGGCUCUUCCUCACAGUCCGACCCAAUGGAGUCUCCAACAUACAGGAGUCGUGUGUUUUAUUAAAGACAAUCCUAACCGCUCAUAUUACAUCCGGCUGUUUGAUAUCAAGGAGGGUAAAAUUAUUUGGGAGCAGGAGCUGUACACUCAGAUGACAUAUUCCUGUCCUGUGAAGUUCUUCCACAGUUUCGCAGCUGAUGACUGCCAAGUAGGUUUGAACUUUGCCAGUGAGAUGGAAGCUGAUUUUUUUAGAAAUGUUGUUGAGGAGAAGAUUAAUCAAAGAACCAACCGCCACGAUAAAAGACAGCAAGCACCGACCGAAGAAAAACAGGUGCUGCAACCAAUUCCUCCAACAAAUGGUCCAGUUUCACACCCAAAUGUAGUAGCGACAGUGGAGAUCCAGAACCCAGAUAUUGUGGCUUCAAGGUACCGCUCUCCCCCAGUGCCCACACCUGCACCAGCCUCACUCUCCUUCGGCAAGAAGGACAAAAAGGGAAAGAAGAAAGCCCCAAGGCUUACUAAGGCAGAUAUUGGAGCUCCUAGUGGAUUUAAACAUGUCACUCAUGUCGGGUGGGAUCCAAACUCUGGUUUUGAUACCAACAAUCUCGACCCCGACCUGAAGAAACUGUUCAGCUCUGCUGGUAUCAGUGAUGCCCAGCUGGCAGAUAAAGAAACAUCUAAGCUCAUCUAUGACUUCAUCGAGCAAUCUGGGGGCCUGGAUGCAGUAAAAGAGGAAAUGAGGAAGCAGGAUGCAAUAGCGACUUCUUCUCGAGGUCAUUCUGACUUGCCUCCUAUCCCAGGAGGUACUCGUUCUGCCCCCGCACCUCCUCCACCCCGAAGUGGGCUUCCUCCACCUGCACGGCCUGCUCCACCUUCACGCAGUCCUGCAGCUCCACAUCGUGUCCCGCCACCACCUGCGCCACCUGGAGGCAGACAUGGGCCUCCGCCCCCUCUACCAGCCAAUCUCCCACCUCCACCACCCCCCAGCCACAGUCACAAGCCAUCUCCUCCUAUGGGUGGAGGCCCACCACCUCCGCCUCCUCCCCCACCUCCUCCUCCACCUCCUUGUUCUUCGGCCCCUAGCUUGCCCAGUAGCCCUAGCAGCUCAGCUCCACCUCCCACCUCCAGUGGAGGAGGACGAGGAACCUUACUGGAGGAAAUUCGUCGUGGACGUGCGCUAAAGACUGUGACUGAGUCUCUGGACUCUUAUCCUCCAGCUCAAGACCAGUCCUCAGAAGGCAUUGUGGGAGCUCUGAUGGAUGUGAUGCAGAAAAGGAGUAAAGUCAUCCAUUCCUCAGGAGAUGAGGAUGAUGAUGGAGGUGAUGAAGAGGAUGAUGAUGAAUGGGAUGACUAAUGCUGCUUUCUGCCAUUAAUUUACAUGCAUAUGCCAUCGAAAUCAGCAAACAUGAGCUGACAAAGUUUUUCUGUUAAUGCUUCAUCUGAAAUAAUCAUUGUAACAUUAGGUAGGAGAUCUUGAUAUAACAUAAGAUUAAGACUGCACUGAUUGAUCUGCAGAUCUUCCUGAAAUUCAAUAAAGCAAAAUAGUUUUAGCAAUAUGUUCAUCUAAUAUUGGUGUUCAGUGAUCCUACUCCAUCUUAAAGAAAAUAAUCCAAGUCUAUUGGAAGUUGUCUCACUCUGUGGUCUUUGGUCUGUCUAUCUAUAGUUUUCACUUCAAAGUAUCUUAGUAGUAGUUCAAUGCGAGUUCAUUAAGGAGGAGGAAGGAACAUCAGCUGAGCCAAACCAGGAGUGGCAUCAGAUUUUAGGAAAAAACACUCUACUGCAAAGCUCAGCCACAGUUUUAUGGACAAUUCAUUCUGUGUGGGAAUACUUUUAACCAUUUUGUAACUACCCUUUUCAGUCUUAACAUGAUAACUAAUGUUUUUCUUUCAAACCAGGAACUAAAAAACAGAACACUAGCACAUUUAUUUGCAGAACUUACCUUAAAAUGGGAACAAAUGCACUUUCAAUUGUUCCAGAGCAAAAACUUCAUUUUUAAAUGCUGUUUAAUUUGGUUCAAAUCAUUUUUAAUGAAAAUUUUUGAAAUCAAAGUCUAAAUGGUUUCUCACAGUACAUUUUCAGAAUCUACACCACUUUCUGAAGCUCUCAUUCUUUUGUUGAACAUGAUAAUCAUGUGCUUUGAAUCUGAAGGAU